UCGCCAGGACCUUGGGCAACCAGGCACUCCUGGUCCGGCUGUUUUAGUUGGUGCUGGGGAAGGCAGAAGUGAAGAUGGUUUUAGGUCUCAGAGUGCAAAGCCCAAUUUCCCCAGCUCUACAAUGGCUUUUAAAAGCCCUCCACAGGCCUUGUCAUCUUCCCGCAGGAGGGCAGGCUGUACACACCCCCACCCCUGCCUCAUUCCUCUGGGGACGGGAAGCGUCCAGAAGCCUGAGGUUCUGGAGGGACCCUGCGUGAAGAUUCCGCCCCGAAACCGUGUGCUGCCCCGGGACCCCCUGACUCCCGCGAUGCUGCCCCGCUGGGAACUGGCACUCUACCUCCUUGUCUCUCUGGGCUUCCACUUCUGCUCCUUCUACGAAGUUUACCGAGUCUCCAGGGAGCAUGAAGACGAACUGGACGAAGAAUUUGAGCUGGAGACGGAUACUCUGUUUGGAGGACUGAAGAAGGACCCGACUGACUUUGAGUGGAGCUUCUGGCUGGAAUGGGGGAGGCGGAGGUUGCUGUGGCUCUUCCUUGGCCAUGCGGCUGUGUCUCAGUUGGCCACAUUGCUCACAAAGAAGCACAGACCCUGGAUCCUCAUGGUCUAUGGAAUGGGGGCCUGCUGGUGUGUGCUGGGGGUUCCAGGCGUGGCCGCGGUCUUUCUCCACACCACCGUCGCCUUCUGCGUGGCCCAGUUCCGGUCAAUGCUCCUGUCCUGGCUGUGUUCCCUCCUCCUCCUCUCCACCCUGAGGCUGCAGAGUGUGGAGGAAGCUAAGAGGAAGUGGUAUGAGACGGAAAACGAGUAUUACCUGCUGCAGUUCACCCUGACCGUCCGCUGCCUGUACUACACCAGCUUCAGCCUGGAGCUGUGCCGGCAGCCUCUGCCCGCCCAGCGCGCCCCACAGCAGCCUCCGCCCGCCCAGCGCGCCCCACAGCAGCCUCCGCCCACCCAGCGCACCCCACAGCAGCCUCCGCCCGCCCAGCGCGCCCCCCACUCCUUCCCGUGGCUGCUGGCCUAUGUCUUCUAUUACCCCGUCUUCCACAAUGGACCCAUCCUCAACUUCCCAGAGUUCUUCAAGCAGAUGCAGCAGCCAGACCUCAGCUCUCCACAGCGCGGCCUCUGCGGGCUGGCCAAGGCCCUGGGCCGCCUGCUCUGCUGGUGGUGGCUGGCCGAACUGCUGGUCCGCCUCAUGUACAUGCACGCCCUCUUCGGCAGCACCCCACUCCUGGAGAGGCUCUCCUGCUGGGCCCUAGGAGGACUGGCCCUGGCCCAGGUGCUCUUCUUCUAUGUGAAGUACUUGGUGCUGUUUGGUGUCCCGGCUUUGCUCAUGCGCCUGGAUGGACUCACGCCGCCGCCCCUCCCCCGCUGCGUCAGCACCGUGUUCAGCUUUACUGGGAUGUGGAGGUAUUUCGACGUUGGACUACACAACUUCCUAAUCAGGUACGUGUACAUUCCCCUGGGAGGGUCCCAGCGUGGUCUCCUGGGGACACUGCUUUCCACUGCCAUGACGUUCGCAUUUGUGAGCUACUGGCAUGGCAGCCAUGAGGACCUCUGGAGCUGGGCAGCGCUCAACUGGCUGGGAGUGACCGUGGAGAGCGGAGCCCGGAGGCUGCUGGAGAAGCCCCGCGUCCGGGAAACCCUGGCCCGGUUCCUGUCCCCGCCAGCCCGCCGACGGCUGCACGCUCUGCUGGCCUCCUGCGCCACGUCCAUGCUGAUCCUGUUCAACCUGGUGUUUCUCGGGGGGAUUCAGGUCGGAAAAACCUACUGGGACAGGAUCUUCCUGCAAGGCUGGCCAUGGGUGACUCUGUCCGUCUUGGGAUUUCUGUACUGCUAUUCACAUGUGGGCAUCGCCUGGGCCCACACAUACACAGUUCUCUAAUGCUGCUGAGAACUUGCUGUCAGCCUUCAGGGACAUGGCAUUCUGCCCAGACCUCUCACUCAGAGACCAUCCCUGAGGGACCGCCUUUUACUCCAGGACAGUCCCUGAGGGCCACCUUCUCCAGGACAGUCCCUGAGGGACCGCCUUCCACUCCAGGACAUCUCUGAGGACCACCUUCUCCAGGACAUUCGAGGGACCACCUUGCACUCCAGGACAGUCCCUGAGGGCCGCCUUCUCCAGGACAUCCGAGGGACCAUCUUCCACUCUAGGACAGUCCCUGAGGGCCGCCUUCCACUCUAGGACAGUCCCUGAGGGCCGCCUUGCACUCUAGGACAGUCCCUGAGGGCCGCCUUGCACUCUAGGACAGUCCCUGAGGGCCGCCUUCCAUUCACCUUCCCUCUGAGACUGGAAGGUACAACCCCAAGUCCUGUAGAGCUUCAAAGAGUUUCUACCCCAGAAGCUUCCUGCUGCGUAAGAUGGAGUCCAGAGCAGUGUCAUCUCUUUCCCAACUAAACCUGGCAACGUCUGUUCUAGAUCCUCCCACAGACCUGUUGAGUUCUUUCUGCUCUACCAAAGAUGCAGUGUGAGUUGAACUCAGAAUUCAACACUUUGUUUUGGCACAGAAGUCCUGGUUAGGGAGGGCCUGCCCUCCCUGAGACGGUCUAUGAUACUUUGAUGACCCGUUCCCGUGUCCUGCACUGGGGCUCUGGACUAGCCCUCACAGGACAGUCCUUGGUAGGGAGGCAGCAAUCCACACUGUGCUUCAAGCGGCUAGAAUGGGUGAGGUACGGCUGGGGCACUGUGGGGAGUUCUGCAGUGUGAACUUUCCUGGGGAGUCCCCACGUAGCUGCUGCUUUCUGAGAUCUGUGGCCAUGGAGUAACAUGGUCGGUCCUCUUCCAGCUGCUCUGCACUGGAGAGUGGGGGUCCACACACAGGUGCUCCUGGACAAGGCCCCAGGGGCUAAGUCUGUUUUGCUCAGUGGGUUUUAUUGCCUUAUUCUCAUUCAAAGAAAGCAAAACCUUCUUUUGUUCCAUAGAUAAUUCAAUUUUUUUCUAGGCUUAUUUUGUACAUUUUUAAAUAAAAUUUUUGAGAUCACCUGCAGUCUCCACUGCCUGUGAAUAGACCCUAAGUCUGGUUCCUGGGCAACAGUCAGCCAUCUCAUCAGCCCUGGAAACUUCAGGAGCAGUUCUGGAAAACCGAUGGGUAAGGUGUGGAGUCACUGCCAGUCCCGGAACCCUGGGGCCCAGACCUAGCUCCAGAGCAAAGCCAGAGUUCUGGUCAACUGCGGAGGCAGCUGGCACCAGGAGGGAAGCAAGACGCCCAAAGCCAACCAAAGUCCUGCUGGCAUCGUGGUCAGUUCUCGGAGCCACACAGAAUGCCGAAUGGCGUCACUUUUCCAGGUGUGUGAGAACAUGGUCUUGGUCCAGAGAAAAUUACUCAUACCCGUAGGACCAGCUGUUGGCAACUGUGUGUGGCGGGCGGGGCCGGGGCUCCCUUGCAGAAAUGGAGACUAUUUUCUCUGCUUUUCUAAAAUACAACUGUUGGCUGGCUGUGUACUAGAAA